AUGACAGACAACGGCCUAAAAUCACGUCUGGCCUCUGUCCUCCCAAAAGGCCACGACUUUACAAUCCUCCACAUUUCAACGCCCCCUACAAAGACCGAUCCUCUGUACUCCCCACCACCAAACGAACGGCCCGAGCGAACGUACUGCGAGAACCAUUUCCUCGCUGUUUCAAUCGAUGCAGACGGCAAGCAGGUCUUGGUGCUAGGUGUCGAGGUCUUUGUCUACACGACUGCUCGAUCGACUACGUUGUUUGUGUCAAAGGCUGAUUCGACGGGCUAUCUGACGCUUCUCAACCUUCCCAAGGGGACACCGAGUCCUAUUCGUGAGAUAUGCGCCACGUUUGUAGGAUUCCUCGUCGAGAAGAGGAAGAGGAAGGACAUACAAUUCAUCGUCAAUUUAUUCGCCCGCGCGCAAGACCAGUAUCUAUUUCCCGGAAGUGUCGAAAAUAAGGGCAAGCAUGUCCUCGAUGAUCGCGGCCUUAUCAAGUGGUGGUGUCGCGUGCUCGAUCCCCUUCUCGGGCCAGCACCAAAAUCGGUAGAAGCACCAUGGAAGAGUUCAAAAGGAUACAUCGUCGUGCCGGGAUUGGAACCAAAUGAGAUUCGAGCAAUGACACCUCGAAGAACAGACACUGCUUGGGAGUUUACGCAUCCGCUUGAACGAAUAUCGCAUUAUUACCGGGAAUUUGACUGGGUACCGCCGCGAUGUCUGAUCCCACACUUUCCUGACGAUCCCAAAUCACGAUUCCGAGAUGAGCUUGAUGAGGAGGCUGCGAGUUCGCAGGCAAUGAAGAUGCAGGGUAGCUGGAAGAGUGUCAAGACUCUCGACAUGUUUUGGGAAAUGAUGGCUUUCCGACAAGAGUGCUCCAGUGGGCGCAUGACGGGAUUUAUCUGGUUGGUCUUUGACGACAAGGAACCAGAACCAACAGCAAACGAGUCUUUUCCAUCGACAAAUCCGCCAUCAACGCCAAAGGCGCAGCGGAUCGCUCAAAUAACGCCAACCACAACACCUCGAAAGCUCUUCCCCAGCAAGAAACAACCAGACACCAAGCAGAAGAAAAAGAAGCAGAAGAGAAAGCUCACAGGUCCCAUCAUUCCUCGAAAACCCCAGAUCAAGCGGGCCAAACACAAUUAUCUGCUCGAUCGCCCUACAAACACAGCAUAUUACUCAUGGACACCCGAAGGUCGCGGUGAGAAGAUUGUCGAUGAGGCAACCUACAAGCGUAUUGUAGAUCUCCUGCUACACCUCGACUUUGCCACCCUCAACAAAGCGGUUGGUAGUACACGCCGCUGGCUGAGUGAGGGCGGAGGCGGUGGUGACUGGGGCGUUACUGUACCCGGUGCACGCGAGACGCCAACUCAAACGGCACACGACCGCGAGAACGGCGUGAACAAUCUCACGAGUCUUGUCAAGAGAAAACGAACUGACUCGACCGUUGAUGAGUCUCAAAACAAGUUUAAUGUCCUUGGAGAGGGCCUCGUCAAGAAGAAGCCGAAAGAAGAGUCCAAGGCUGUAAAUGUACUUUCCACUGGUCUGAUUAGAAAGAAGCCCAAGGAGUAA